AUGCUAUCCUUUGCAUCUCCUGUCCUCGGCCUGGCCGCAGCCGCGUCUCUGGCCACGGCUAGUCUGUUACCAAAUAUCCUUUUCAAAGAUGUCGUUGUUGUCGGUGGUGGUGCUUCUGGUGCCUACGCCGCGGUGCGACUUCGCGAUGACUUUGGUAAGAGUGUUGCUCUCAUUGAGAAGCAGAGCAUCCUUGGUGGGAUGGUCGACUCUUAUGUAGAUCCCAAGACCGGCGUCCCCUACGACUACGGGGUCAAGAUUUUCAUAGACGCUGGCAAUGCGACGGGCUUCUUUGAGCGGUUUGGCAUUGCGAUGGGCAACUCCACCAAUCCCACAGUCACGACGGAGUACAUUGACUUUCGAACCGGAAGUGUCGUCGACUUCCAGCUGCCAUCUGUGACGGACCAGUUUGCGGCCAUGGCCAAGUUCCUCGAGGUGGUGGAGCCGUGGGAACACCUUAUGCAGCCCGGCUACUACAACUUUCCCCUGCCAGAUGCGAUUCCCGAAGAUCUUCUUAUAUCGUUUGGUGAUUUUAUUACCAAGCAUGGAAUCGAAGAUGCUGUCCUUCUGAUCUAUGAGAGUACCGGCCUGGGACUCGGUAACAUGACGCAGGAAACCACCAUGUUUGUUCUACAAUCGUUCGGUGCCCCCAUGGCUCGAGCAAUGCUCGGCAAGCAAGGAAUGUUUGUCCCUGCGUCCGGUCGCAACCAGGACCUGUAUGAUGCCAUAGGCAAGCAUCUCGGGGAUGACGUCCUGUAUUCGAGCGCAGUCGUUCACAGCCGGCGUACCGAAUCUGGCGUCUUCCUCACAGUGAAGAACAGCAAAACAGGCCAGAUCACCCUGAUCACAGCCCGCAGGCUCCUUCUCGCCAUCGAGCCUACCAAAGACAACAUGGCGCCCUUCGACCUGGACGAUAAUGAGCGUACGAUCUUGUCCAAAUUUACUUACACUAACGAAUACACCGGUUUGGUGAACAAUUCUGCCUUUGCGACCAACUACUCCUACUUCAACCUCCCUGCCUCUGCCGCGCCCGACAACUAUCUUGCUCUGCCGGAUCCCUCGUUCACGGCUCGCAUCGACUACCUUGGCGGCGAUAACUUGUUCAGGGUGACGAUCAUCGGUGACGACACACUCGACCCUGCCGGCGCCAAACAACUGGUGCAAAAGGACUUUGAUACUCUCCGCAAAGCCGGUCGGUUAGACGCUAAGAAAGGGGAGCAGGUGAGCUGGGUCGACUUUUCUACACACGGUCCCAUGCAUGCCCGUGUGUCGGUUGCGGACUUGAAAGACGGGUUCUACCAGAAGCUGUACGCGCUGCAGGGAGGACGGUCGACCUGGUGGACCGGCGGUGCUUUCUCGGUCAACUUCCAGACCACGUUGUGGCAGUAUGACGAGCUUCUCUUUCCUGAGAUUCUUAAAGGGCUGAACUAG